AUUCAAGAUGGCUGACUCAGAGAUGUUAUUUUCAAUAGUUUUGGUGAUUAUAACGUUUUUCUUAUACGGUUUAAAAUGGGCAGUUUUAAUAUCUAUAACUAUUUUUCUUUGCGCUCUUUUUCUUUCACUUUCAAAUUCUCGUGGAAAUGGAAAUGCAGUUAAAAACAAGCCCAAUGAGAGUGGAGAAUAUUGUGAUUAUUUAGACAAUGAUUCAUAUCAUACUGAAAGUCCCACUGCUAGAAAUAUGGAGUCAAGAGGGUAUGGAACGAGGCUUGUGAAAAAUAUAGUCCGAAGAAAUCCAACUUUGACACAGAAUGUACCGUUUAAUGAUUUACAAAUGUACAAAAUGCGACAACAAAGACACAUCUCAAGUUUAAGAUCACCAGAGCCACUUUUGUCCCAGGUUACACGACAUCUAUCUUUCAAGUAAGCUUAAUACUACCCAAAUAUGAACAAUUUAUUAGGUUUAUUUAUUUAAUGCUAUGUUUCAUGUUGUAUGCUGAAAAUAUACAGGUUAUCCUGGAAUAGUGUGGCAUGCCUCGGAAAAAUAUAUUUCUAAAGACCAUAAGGGGCUGUCGACAAAUAGAUUUUGUCCACCGAUCGCGGACUUGUUCCCCAAUUAUUCCUCUAUUUGUUGACAGCCUUUAAAUGUAUAAUAAUACAUUUCAAUAAAAAUUAUGAAACAUAAGUGACUAAGGUUCUGGCAUCCAACACAAUAGUCUAACUGUGGAAAGUGUUUUAUGUUUGUGACAAUAACAUGCAUCACGGUAUGUCCCUUCCAUUGCCAGCUCAUAAAUACUAGGCUUUGCUUUUAAAAGACUCUGCCGAUUCAGAAUCCAAUGCAAAGAAUUGCAAUUAAGGAAUGUGAUUCCUUGCACCUGGCCCACCCUUUCCUUCUUGAGAUGGCCUGCAAAUAAUAAUUUCUCAAUUUACUUUCAGCAAUAUAUCUUACUAUCACCCAGACAGAACAAAACUUAACCUAUCACCCAACAACAAGUCAAUGCCUCAGAAACACUACAAUCCAUCAGACACCACGCUACCACAACCACCUUUACUGGAUAAAACAUCUAGUUUCAUUGAAGAAAGAUACAGUCCAAGACAGUUCAGUAUUAUAAGUCCUUCAAGAAAUAUCCCUCACAAUAUAUCAACUGUGAAGAUAAGCUCUCCUGGUGAUAACGAUUCUCGCUUUGCACUGUGAGUUUAAUAUUUAUAUACAGAACUAUUAAUAUCAGACAAUUUUACUUUUAUGAAGUUGGGUCCUUUGCCGAAAAUGCUGUAGCAUGUACAGUAAGAGUAUAAUGUUUAUAUAAUGUUGCAAUUUGUCAUGUACAAUACAUAUUCUGGAGUAUGUAAUUGCAUAAGCACUCAUAAAAUGGUUUUGCCUUUCAAAUUUCACCAUAAUUAACUAAAUGAGGAUUUGUGAUGUCAGCAGUAAUUUUCAUACACUAGAAUAUGAAUCAUACGCAACAAAUUGUAGCAUGUAAACAUAGUGCUAAUAAACUUAUUAUAGAAUUCUAUUACAUAAAUAUUUUAGAAGAUAUGGUAAAUUUCUUGAUUUAUUUUUACUUCAUCAUGUGAUUUAGUGAAUCAAUCCUUCACAAAAGAUUAGAAAGGACAAAAGACAAUCCAUGCAGCAGGCAAUCUGUUUUGUCUGCCCUUGGUCAGAAAAGCAGGUGAAUAUUAAGUGACUUUUAAUACUCAGUUGUUGUAGUUAUUGCCAUUGUUUAUCAAAUGUCAUUACAUUUGUAGAAAACGAUCAGCAUAUGACUCUGAUAGCUCUAUGGUGGAAUCGUAUUCUGUAAAGAAAAGGUCAGCUAGUUUGGUUUUUGGAACAUUGUGGUAUCUUAUGGUCAUGAGUAUCAUUACUGUUACUAUCUCCAGUGCCCUCAUCAUUACCAUCAUCACCAACUCCACCAUCAUCACCACUAUAACUGCUUCCAUUAUAAAUUAUCACCAUCAUCAACAAUAUUGCUGACAUUAUCACCACCAUCGUUAUCACCAGUACUUAGAACUACUCCCAUUAUCAUCAACAUUACAUUCAUUAUCACCAGGAUUAUAAUCACUAACUAUAACUACUUUCAGUGCCAUCACCACUUUUACCAUCAUAACCACCAUCAUCAUCAGUAACAUUACAUUUAUCACCACCAUCACUAUCAUCAUCAGUAACUGUAUGUUAAUACAUUCAUCACCAUCAUCAUCAUCAUGACCACCAUUAUCAGCAACAUUACAUUCAUCAUCACCACUACAAGUUGCCAUUAGAAAAUCACCAUUAUCUUCACAAAUACUCCACAUUUCUAUCUUCAGACGACGUGAUGACCUUGAUGAUUUUCUGGAUGCAGUAAACAAUCCACUAUCAUCCCCAUACACUGGUGUAAAAUCAACAAAAAGACCAUAUUCUUACUCUGCGAAGCCCGCUUUAGAAAUUACUACAAAAAGAAGUAAAGAGAAUGAAACAGGCCCUGACAGUGAAUCAAGUCCACCUUUGUAAGUACAAAUGAUUUUAUAUAUCAUUGUAUUUUUCUUGAAUUUAUGUAAGAUUUUAUAUUUAGGAGGAAUUUUACCAGCAGUGCAUUUGAAGAUAGUGGUGUAGAUGUCAACUCUCCAACUAAAAUUUUGCAAGAGAAUGUUUUGACCCAAGGUACAGUUCUGUAUUUUGACUAUAUUGUAUUCA